CCGUCCGGGUACCGCGCGGCCUGGCACCCGGGCUCUUGAGCCUGACAUGGCCCACUGUGGAGCAGGCGGCCUGGCCCCGGCGGGCCUCCCGAGGUCCCCGGGGCUUGGCAGGAAGGGGCUGCCCAGGAAGGGGUCCGGGGAGCGGCGCCGGCUGAAGGCGGUGGUGUCGGAGCAGCUCAGCCGCGACGUGCUCAGGCUUUUAAGGGAAGAGAUCCACACAGACAUGGUUCUUUCUGUCAGUGGCUCACUGUUCAAAGUGCACAGGGCAGUCUUGUUAGCCAGAGCCCCUGGCUUUCACUCCCACAUCACUGGACACACGUCAAGGGACCUAACAGAUGAGCUCGUUCCUGUGGACAGUGUUGAAGCUUCGGAAUUUAAAGCGUUUUUACAGAUUGUGUAUUCAUCAAACAAAAGCAUAAAAAACUAUGAAGAGGAAAUUCUUCAGAAAAUGCAAAUGGGAAACGUAAUGCCAGAAAGGGGGCUGGACGUCAGCUUCCUGCAGUGUAGAACUUCAUCUGACUGCUUUCUUGGGAAACACGAAAUCCCAGGGGAUGUUACCGGUGGAGGUGACAGUUUUAUUUCCAAGGAUGAUUGUGACCUGGAACUGGCGUCUGAAUUAGGAGCAGAUUUGCUGAAGCUUUACCUGAGUCAGGAUUAUCACGACAUUGACAUUUGUGUUGAUGGGAAAAGCUUCAAAGCUCACAGGGCCAUUUUAAGUGCCAGGUCGAGUUACUUUGCUGCAAUGCUGAGUGGCUGCUGGGCUGAAAGCUCCCAAGAGUGUGUUACUCUUCAAGGUAUAACCCAUGUGGAAAUGAGUGUUAUGAUGCACUUUAUAUAUGGAGGGACUUUGGAUUUUCCAGAAAAGGCUAAUGUUGGUCAGAUACUGAACGUGGCUGAUAUGUAUGGACUGGAAGGAUUAAGAGAAGUAGCAAUCUAUGUUUUAAGAAGAGAUUACUGUAAUUUCUUUCAGAAGCCUGUUCCCAGAACGUGGGCAUCUAUUCUAGAAUGCUUAGUCAUUGCUCAUUCGGUCGGAGUGGAAAGCCUUUUUGCUGACUGCAUGAACUGCAUUAUAAGCCAUUUUGCAAGGUUUUGGUCGGAAAGAAGCUUUGCAAAUGUUCCUCCUGAGAUUCAGAAAACGUGUCUCAGUAUGCAGAUUCAGUCCUUAAACUAUGGGAAUGCUGCCUUGCUUCUGAUGGAAAGUGACAAGCUAAUCACGGGUCUGCCCAGGGUGAAGUGGACAGAAGCAGCCCUGUCGAUGGCAUCUCAGCUCCAAGGAGAGUGUGUGACAUUCAUUGUACAAAACUUCUCCCAGAUCAUUGAGAGUGCGAGCUUCACUCUUCUCUUGCAGUCACAAGCAAUGAGCAGCACAGCUCAUCUGUUGGACAAAAUUUUUAAAGCAAUUGAAGACAGUAUCACCGCUGAGAAUAGCUGCUCUCUCCUCAUGGCUCUGGACACAUUACUGAAGUCUGACAGUGCAGAGGAAAUGGGCUUUACGUGCAGGAUCCAAGCCGUACGUGAUAAGCUGUGGACCUUCCUGGUUCAGUCGUUCUAUGCUGUCCGUCACACAGAGAGCUGGAAGCUGAUGCACAUAGAUGAUCAGCAGAAAAUCCAAGCAGCCGCACUUGACAAGGGUGAUGACCGCAGGCUUGGCAGGAAGCCCGUGCUCUCCAGCUCCCAGCAAAGGAGACAAGGCUCUGAUGUUAUAAAAAUAAAACCUUGGACGGGAAAUAACAAAAAACCGUGUCGGGCGUCUCCCUCUACUAAUGAGAAGAUGAGAUCUGAUGGACUAGGAGCGUCAGGGCAUGCAUCAGGCCCUCACAGAAACAGUGUGAACAAAGUGUCCAAGCAUGGCGAGGGCACCAAAGUGUCCAAGGUGACCACAGAGGUGAAAACCGGGGGAACACAUGUCCCUGGCAAGCCUAAAACUACAAUAAAGCCCCAAACAGAAAACAAUGCUCACACGAAGUUAGACAGUAUGUCGUCCACAGUUGUGGGAAGGCCAGCAAGAGUGGCAGCGACUGGACGGAAGGACCUGACGCAUGGAAAAGGGAUCCAGAACCAAGAAGGGGAGACCACAGGGGCCAGGCCCAAGGUUCUCACUGCAAACCUGAACACGCAAGCCAGAGCCAAGCCUUUGCAAACAGCGAAAGGGAAAGAUAAUGGGUGCCCCGCCACUGUGGGGCCCUCCAGUAGAUCUGCAAGUUCCAGCACAGAACUUUUGGCUUCCAUGGGCUCUGUGGAUGAGACAAAAGAAAACGGAUCAGCAGAAGACAAGUCUUGUGACAAGAAGCCAUACGUUGGUGCUUCCCCGGGACAGAUGGUAUAUAAUGGAGUAACGUCAACUGUAGCAGUGAAGUCUCGACCAGUUUCAAGAGUGACCAAUGGAACAUCCAGCAAGAAAAGCUUUAUUCAUGAGCAAGGCCCUUCUGUGACUAGCAGUGUAAUAAAGAAAGGGAGCAGCAAAGGACUUAACGAUUCAGCACCACAGACAGCGGCCAAGAAAAGAGGGAGCAGCAAUGGAUAUACAGCAGCUCAGCCUCGGACAAAGAGCGCCCCUCCCACCCUGGCUCAGACCCAAGGAUCGCAAGGAGAGUCGCCACACUCAGUAAAAUCCUCCAUAUCUUCAAGGCAGUCUGAUGAAAGCCUAACAAGGUUGAGGCACGGAACGGACAAGCAGAUGCCUAAGAGAAAAGUUGUCAAGCAAGGACACGCAACUUCGCAGAAGGUUAAUGCAAAGCCAACUCCUAAAAACCCAAGUCAGUCCACGAAAGGUGGAACCGUGACCAGUAAAGACUCAAAACAAAAAAUGCUUCCUGGACAAGUUACGCUGCAAAGUCAGGCUUCUCAACGGCCUUCCAACCCCGAAGCAGCCACCACACAGAGAAGCGUGCUUCGUGGUGUGCAUGACAACAGGAGCCAGGUCUUUAAACAGAGGCCUCCUGAGUCCCUGGUUAACCUUGCUAGUGACACCAAUGGUCCUGAAGCAUCCCAGUCACCCUGCAGACCUCAACCACAAAGUCCAUUAGGCAAUCAGGAGAAAACGAGACAGGAGCGAGAACACCAAGAUAGGCCAACCCUGGGUGACUCAGUAAAAUGUGAGCUGAGGUCAGAACUGACCAGCAUAGAGCAAAGCCACACACCCACUUACAAAGUCUCGAGUCAGUGCAAUGCAAACCCAAACUGUGGGAGCAUCGCUUCUCUGAAACCCGUGACUUCAAAUCCAAAUGAAAACGCGAUCAACUCCAACACAGCAAAUACAGACCAAGUCUAUGUAUCAGACAGAGAGAGACAAACAGGGAGAAAAGGCACAGACCGUGAACCAAGUGUGAACUGUGCGGCCAGGAACGAAGCUUUACCGAGUGUUCCUGCAGGGACGAGUAGUGCCCUAAAGUCUGCUCAGGACGACAGAAGACUCCCAUUUCAUGGAGAAGAACUGCCAGCUCGAGGCCACUUACCUCACGACUGUGCCACAGAGGACAGUAAAUGUGCUACACCCACCUCAGCUGUCUCCUCCAGAUGUCUCUUGGGACAACCAUCUGAAAAAGGUUAUAAAAAUAUGGAAGCAUCAGGAACCCCAGAGAGCCAUGAAGCUCCGGACGCUCCAUUCACGGGUCCCUGGGAUUUGAACACCAGCGCCACACAUCAGAGAGAGAGUCCAGAAUCCGACACUGGCAGCGCUACCACAUCCUCAGACGACAUAAAGCCCCGCUCCGAAGACUAUGACGCUGGGGGGUCUCAGGAUGACGAGGGCUCCCACGACAGAGGCGUCUCCAAGUGCAGCACGGCGCUGUGCCAUGACUUCCUUGGGAGAAGCAGCAGCGACACCAGCACCCCUGAGGAGCUGAAGGUGCAUGAAGGUGACCUCAGAACCGAAGUCAGAGUGAGAAAGCCGGGUGGGGGGGACCUCCCGCUCCACUCGGCAAGUGAUGAUGAGACCCCUAGGAAGAGGCCAGAUCCCUGGUCUCGAUCUACGAUAGUCCACCCCAGGGAGAGGGGAAGUGCUCCACGGGCCAGUGUCCCAUCUGCUCAGGAAGUAGACCAGGUUUCUUCUUCAGCAGAUGAGACAGAAGAUGAAAGAUCUGAAGCAGAAAACGCUGGGGAACACUCCUCUCCGUCCAACUCAGGUACUCAGCACGUUCAGGGGAUAAUUAACCUAGCUUUUGAAGAUGGAACUGAACAUGAAAGUCGUGAGUUUUCUGCGACUAAGAAGUUUAGAAGGUCAGUGUUGCUCUCGGUAGAUGAGUGUGAAGAAGUGGGGUCUGACGAAGGCGAAGGCCACACCCCCCUCCAGCCCUCCCUAGAUUCUCUUUCACCUUCUGAUGUUUUUGAUGGUGUUUCCUAUGAGCAUCAUGGAAGGACAGGCUACUCCAGGUUUUUCAAAGAAAAUGAAGCAACUACUGCAGAGCACAAAUACAGUAGAGGCAACGAUGGGCAUAAAAGUGAAGGCUUUCUCCUGAGCCCUAGGAGCAAAGACUUCCCAAGACAAGAUAAGCAGUGCGUCUCAACAGGUGAGAAGACCAGGUUAGAUGUCCCGCCCAAAGCGAGCCAACAGCCUUUUCCAGAAAGUAAAGACGUGACUAGUAAACGUGAGGUGGCUCACGGCUUGCAGCAGCACGGCACGCUCACGGAUGGGGACACCAGGUCUCAAGAACGGCCAUGUCAUUUGGAACUCCACCAGAGAGAACCCAGCUCCACCAUACCAAAGAUCAGCUCAGCGAGAUCUCUCGACUCCUGUCCCAGCCAGGUGCUGCCUCAGGACGGUCAAGUGACAGACAGCCAUCCCACACCUCCCAAGAGAGCUAAUAAUGCUGUGUUUUCAGGAGACAUAGAUGAUUGUGAUACAAUGGCACAAACCACCAUGUAUGACCACCGGCCUUCAAAAACCCUCUCUCCAAUACAUGAGAUGUCUCUAACAGCAGCGUGUGAGCAGAAAGAGGAGUCAGGAACCCAUGUUGCAGACAGGGCCUCUGCGGAGGAGCAGCCCUUUGCAAAGCAGGACUGGACGCUGCUGAAGCAGCUGCUUUCUGAACAAGACGCAAACUUAAAUGUGACCAGCUCUCUGCCUGAAGACCUGAGCCUAGCCCAGUAUUUAAUCAACCAGACACUCCUUUUAGCCCGAGAUAGUUCGAAACCUCAGGGUUCAGCACACGCUGACACUUGGAACAGGUGGAGUGAACUGUCGUCCCCACUUGACGAUUCGACAGCAAGUGCCACCACGGUUAGUGUUUCUUCCACAGAUUGUUCGCCUCAAGGGGAGUGGACAAUCCUGGAACUGGAAACCCAGCAUUAGGAGUCUCACAGUCGGGAGAGAUUUAGACUAUGCCACCCUGUUUUUUUGAUGCCUAUUUAUAUUUAAAUUAUAAUUUAGUUAGCCAAAUAUAGACUGUCCUUAAAAUUGAUGGAGUCUUUUAAUUUAUUGAGGUAAAUAUAACUUAUUUAUUAAUACUA